GCUUUCUUUUCCCUCCCUGCGCGGGCUGAGCCAUGCCUGUAGCGGAUAAUUGUUUUUACCGCAUUCAACAGUGUUUCUCAGAAGCAACGGGCCGAAAGUCCGGACUGUGACAGUGGAGGCUCUGCAGGGACAAACUAAUGCCUCCUUCUUCUUCUUUCUGAGAAAGAAGGCACUGAACUGAGCUAUCACGAUCCUUACUGUGAAGAUCUCACCAGUGUAUUUUUUUAUGACGAUGCCGGGUUGGACACUUUCACCGUGGAGCUGCGAGCUGUGAGAGCUGUGAGAAUUCUCGUGGAAGAAGCAUCUGUUUGUGCGUGUUUGAUUUUUGUGCCGCUGGAUGGAAAAUUCGAAAACACCGAAAGCCCUAAAAGCAAAAGAAAGAAACAAAAGUGAGUUUUCUUCUUCUUCUUCCAGGGGGGUUCGAAAAGCGACCCCCCCUCCUUUCUCUCUCUCCUCAGCAUUCCCUCAGUCAGUCGACGGAUUUUUUUUUUUUUUUUGCCAUUACAGCUCAGUAGAGGGUGUCAGAUCUUUCUUAGAGCACCGCGCUAGGAUGAACGCAGUCUCCGCGUUCCUCUUUUUGUGAUUCCUGAAUUUGCCACAAAAAAGAAGAAGAAGAAGAGGGGGGAGGAAAGGAGAGGGAGUGAGAGAGAGAGAGAGAGAGGUUGUAGUUGGUGCUGGUGUUGAGGAGAAGAAGAAGAAGGAAAAAAAUCGGCGCAAACGAGCCAGGCGAGACGCCGAGGGAUGUGAGGGGGGGAUGCGGGUGUUUUGCAGUGGUGGGACCGCCUGUGAAGCCCCAGCGCUGGGAGUGAAUUCAGCACCGGGGGGAGAGCGGACAGCUCCCGACGAAGCCGCCACCGCCGCCGCAGCGCUCAGUAACACAACCGGCGGGAGGAAAAAGCCACGGAUUUGUUCGUUUUUACCCCCCCACCACCACCACCUUCCCCCCUCUCUCCAUCACUGCCAAGGUCAGUGUUAAACGAACUGAAAAAGCAAAGAAAAAAACGAAAAGAUGAGCCGGACUCCGCUGACGCUCUUUUCUUUCCGCUUUUCUUCCGAUUAUAUCCCCGAACCCUGCGAGGCUGUGAGGACUCGGUCGACUUGAAAGAGACGUUUAUGUUUGUGUUUUUGGAUUCGUGGGGGGAACAGAGAGGAAAAAAACUGGAAGAGUGGACACGAGAGCAGGUUAGACGCAGCGUGGAUGUGUGAUAAAAAAGACUGCCUUAUCUCUCUCCCCCCCUUCCGUAAAUGUCUGUAUUUCUCUCUCUCCCUCUUUUCUUUUCCCCCCUUUUUUUUUGCUUCCCUCCUUCCCGCUGAUGCAGACCAGACCCCCAGCUCGCGCCGCGUCUUGAAUCCGGGAAUGAGUCGUCCACGUUGAAAAAAUGCUGCUUUGGAUCGUCCUGCUGAAAGCCGCUCUUUGUCUCGCCAGUGGAAACGUUACAAGGGACGUUUGCAAGGAGCAGAUAUGCUCCUGCAACGAGGUGGAGGGAGACCUGCACAUAGACUGCGAAAAGAGGAGCUUCACCACUCUGCAGCAGCUCACCGGCCCCAGCUCGCAGUUUUAUCACUUGCUGCUGCACGGGAAUUCUCUUUCUAGGCUCUUUCCCAACGAGUUCGCCAACUUUUACAACGCCGUGAGUCUGCAUUUGGAAAACAACGGCUUGCACGACAUCGUGCCCGGCGCCUUCCUGGGACUGCAGCUGGUCAAACGGCUGCACAUCAAUAACAAUAAGAUCAGAUCGUUCAGGAAGAGCACGUUUCUGGGCUUGGACGACUUGGAAUAUCUCCAAGCUGAUUUUAAUCUACUGAGGGAUAUUGACCCCGCCGUUUUCAGGGACCUAAAUAAACUUGAAGUGUUGAUACUUAACGACAACCUCAUCAGCGCGUUGCCCGUGAACGUGUUUCAACAUGUGCCCAUUACGCAUCUCGACCUGCGCGGAAACCGAAUCAAAACGUUGCCUUAUGAGGGGAUCCUGGAGCAGAUCCCGGGCAUUGCGGAGGUUUUGUUGGAGGACAACCCGUGGGACUGUAACUGCGACCUGGUUUCGCUCAAGGAGUGGCUGGAGAACAUACCGCGGAACGCGCUCAUCGGGAGGGUGAUAUGCGAGGCUCCCACCAGGCUGCAGGGCAGCGACCUGAACGAGACGUCAGAGGCGGAUCUGUGCCCCUCGCAGAGCGCCGGCGUGGACAGCAGCCUGGUGGCCCCUCCCACCCAAGAGGAGACCUCCAUGGCCCGCGACACGCACCCGACGCCUUACAAGCCCAGCGGAAAUGCCAGCAGGCCCCCGACGCCAGGAGGCCACGGGUCCAACAAGAACCACUCCAAAUCUCGUGAGAACUGGCAGCUGAAAACGAAACCCACUCCAGUGGCGGCAGGUGUGGACAGGGAGCAGCAGCAGCUGCGCAACGUGACGUGCCCCGAGCCGUGCAAGUGCAAGCUGGUGGGCUCCAGGCAGGGGCUGGGGGUCAACUGCGAGGGCAAGAAGAUCGAGAGCCUGUCCAACCUCAAACCCAAACCCCUGGCCGCUCACGAGCUCAACAUGAGAGAAAACAACAUCCACGCGGUGAAGAAAAACCAGCUGCUCGGCUACGCGAGCCUCAACCUGCUCGACCUGGGCGCGAACAACAUCAAGGUGAUCGACAACGGCACGUUUCAAAACCAGAGCGAGCUCAGGUGGCUGUACUUGGAUAAGAACUAUCUGGACGCGCUGGUGACGGAGAUGUUCGUGGGCCUCGUGAAUUUGGAAUAUCUCAGUUUGGAAUACAACGACAUCCAGCUCGUAGUGGCGGGCGCGUUUAGCCCCAUGCCGAACCUGAGGGUUCUCUUCCUCAACAACAACUUGCUCAAAUCGUUACCCGCGGAUGCUUUCCUUGGGAUUUCUUUAUCUAAGAUCAGCCUGCACAACAACUACUUCCCCUAUCUCCCCGUGGCCGGCGUGCUGGACCAGCUCAACUCGAUCAUCCAGAUCGAUUUGCACGGGAACCCGUGGGAUUGCUCGUGCAAAAUCGUGCCCUUCAAGCAGUGGACGGAGAAGCUGGGGGCCGACGUGAUCGUGAGCGACCUCAAGUGCGAGUCCCCGGAGGAGUUCUGGAAGCGAGACUUCCGCUACGUGCGGAACGACCUGCUGUGCCCCAAGCUCUACGUCUCCCCGACGUCGCUGUCCAAAAACAGCACUUUCGCGCAGGACUCGGGGACGCGCUCGAACUCCUACCUGGAGCCCAACAGGGUCUCCAUCUCGGUGCUCGUGCCCGGUCUGCUGCUGGUGUUCGUCACGUCCGCGUUCACCGUGGUGGGGAUGCUCGUGUUUAUUUUGCGGAACCGAAAGAGGUCGAAGCGGAGGGACGGAAACUCCUCCGCGUCGGAGAUCAAUUCCCUGCAGACUGUGUGCGACUCGUCGUACUGGCACAGCGGGUCUUAUCACGCGGACGGGGGCGCGCACCGGGGCUUCGACUGCAGCACGCAUCUCUCCACGACAAACGAUGCGUAAAAAGGAAAGAUACCCCCCUCCCUUCCCUGGAUUACAAACACACACACAGAGACAGAUACACACACACGAACUUUAUAUUUUAUCCAUUUGAACCAAGUCUGCUGCUGCUGUUGCACAGCCCCCCUGCUCCUCCUCACCCCACUCUGUAAUAUAUGUAUAUGCCAAGCCCCCCCCCCAGAGAAAAGGCUACAACCCAUCCCUCCCUUUUUCUCUCUCCCUCCCAGUAGUCGGAUUUUUUUAUUUUGUUUUUGCCGCAAUCGGACCACAGAUCUCUGCAAGACAGAAAAGAGGGGGGAGAGAGAGAAUAACAACAGUAAUAUUAAUAAUAAUAAUAAUAAUUCAAAGAAAAAGGGAGCGAGCGCGUGUGUGUGGAUUCAAGGACCGAGGACCCGUCCCCGAGGGAAUGGUGCACGAGCGCAUGAAUGUAAAUGUAAAUACUCGGACCCGAUGUAUCAUAAUCUGCAUGAAGAUAUUUCGCAUGGUUUCAACACACACACACACACACACACACACACACACACACACACACACACACACACACACACACACACACACACCCAGAGAGACGGGCGCGCGACGGAGAGGGGAAACCAUAACCACCACAAACAAGCGUAAAAAGGAGCCAACUCGACCCCUUCUCAUGUUAUAUCAAUAUGACGACUAUAUAUAGAUAUUAAGAGUUAUAUAUGACUAUUACAAAGUGCCAUUUCUCUAUUUUUUUGUGAACCUGCAGUUAGGAUUUGUAUUUGUUGUUUUGAACUUGUUUGGAGAAACAAAAACAAAAAAGGAGGGAUGAAGAGGAGGAAGAGGAGGAUGAUGGAAGUGAAGCUGUCAGUGCAUGUUCUUUUUUUCUGUUUGUUAUCAUUUUUUUUGAUUGUCGAUGAAUAUUUGGGGUUAUUUAUACUUAGGUGGCGCAGAUUUUGAACAAAAAGAGAGAAAAAAAAGAAAAAGAAACCCACGUCUGCGCACUCAUCAUCUCCUUUAUGAAUGUAAAACUGUGUUAUUUUAUGGUGUGCCAAUUGUUCAGAUAUUCCGACAUGCAGAUGAGCAUGACCAAUUAACGUCACUCAGAUGCUUAUGCUGCAAAGUUAAUGUAGCUAAAAAUAACAGUGUGUUUUUUUUAACCUUAUUUUGUUCUUCUUCUUCUUUUUAUUUAUGUGUCAAUGAAUAUAGCCUGCUUUGGGUGAGAGGAAGAAAACAAAAAAAACAAACAAACAAACAAAAAAACAUCGCAACAAGUUAAAAAGUUGGGGGGGUGGGGGGUUUAUACUGUCAUAUUUUUUCAAAAGCAAAGAAGUGUUUUCAAUUGAGCUAAUGCAAUUCGAUGUAAACAGCGAAGGUAGACUGAGAUAGAUAGAACGCUGUUUUUUAAUGUCAGGAAAAAAAUGUAUUCCUCCACAUAAAAGCUUAUGGCUAUGAUUCACUUUCAUCAUAUUGUGAGCUUUUGUAAAGCCAUCUAAUCUUGUCCAAAUAGGAGAAGUCACUGUAUUUAGGACAAAAUGUGCUUGAAAGAGGCGGGUUUUUUUGUUUUUGUUUUUGUGGCUGGGAGAGAAGUGAGGCAAACUGGAGCAUUUUACAGCAAGAAAGAAAUCAAACAAAGGCACCUACAUACAAACAUAACGCAGAGGUAACUAGAUAAAGCAAGAUGUCUUUUUUUUGCUUUCAAAUUAUUCACUUUUGAACUUGAGAUACUCUUCUUGAAGGGGCCGCAUGGUUUUUGUGAGCUCAUGACAACAAUGCCAUGACUGAAUACCUGUUUUAUUGCUAUUUUUCUCUUUCCAGAGCUCAGCUACUGUCAUGGGAUAUGCUGCUUAUAGCCUAUAUUGCUUUACCUGAAUUUAAAACAAAGAAGAAGGAUGACACCCCCCC